AUGACUAACGGCAAUUGGAAAGGUGAUAAGAAUGAUUCAUCUCAAUCUUCAAGGGGUCACUUAGCCAAUUCAGGAGGUAAAGGGUUGCAACAUCUGGCUGAAAUGCUUCAGCGUGCAGGGCAAGGACAGAGUUACCAGAAUAGGGUCUCUUUUGAUUUCCAAUUAAAUUUGAAUUCUGGUUCAAGUAGUAGUAGUAUACCUAGAAAUAUUUAUAAUGGUGGAGGGCAGCGUGCAGGCUUUGGAGAUGCAUAUAAUAAGGAGAGAUUUCAAAGUAAUGGAUAUGGGGGCACUAGCAGUAGUAGUACUGGUGCAGGUAAUGGAUAUCAUAUGAACUCAGAGUACGGUAAUUCUACAGUGGCUACAGGAUAUCCUGAUGGUAAUAUGACGUAUGUUGGGACAUAUGGAGUUACUCAGUCUAAUUAUGGGACUUAUAGAGGGGCAAUGCAGGCUUAUGGUGGACCAAGUGGUGGUACUUCAUCUCUUCAGCAACACCAGUCAGGAUCCUAUGAGGAUGCGCAGCAAAGCUUUGCAGGUAACUUUUAUAUGAAUCAAAGAAAUUAUGUAAUGCCUCAGAUUACUCAAGGAUAUGGUAGUAUUCAACAAGGGCAACAUCAUCAGGCUACAAGAGGAAACUCUGCAGUACCUGGUGUAUCUUUAUCAGGUUCGGGAGUAUAUAGAGGAACAUCAAAGUAUAUUGGCUCGUCAGGAACAUAUGGAGUUUCAGGAGGAUCUCAGGGUCAUACACAAGUGCUACAGUAUGGAUCCUCUCACCACCUGACUUCAAAUUUUGGAGAUAUCCCAUUACAACAGAUUUCGUAUGGUAACUUCCCUAACCAAAACCAGAGUUUGCAUUCAAUAUCUCCUCAAGUAUCAAAUACAGUUGGUAUAGCUACACCUCAACAACUUUAUAACUCUUAUAACUUUAGUAGACAAUCAAAUUGUGGCAAUUCUUCAGGAGCACCGGUAAUUGGCUCAACUUCUUCAGUUAUUAAUACAUCUAAUACUAGCAUGCAGAAUACCUUGAGUGCUAUUAAUGGUAAAUUAAAUGUAAUUUCUGGAACUGGUUCUCUUCACCAUAUGUCCAAUACUGUGGGUCGUUCUAUGGAUCAGCUAAGGCGUCAUAAUGGAGGUGGAGGUUCAGGAGGUUAUCGUCGAUCUGGACCGUAUCGCCAUGAUGGUCGAACUGGUAGGGUAAACUUGGGAGGCUCUGGAGGUAGUUCUUCUGGUGGUUCAGGGAAUCAGGGGGGUGUCGGAGUUUAUUCUCAAGCUAAUAUUGGAGCUAGUGGAGGGGGUCCAGUUCGUUCUAGCAAGGAUAGGGGUCCUGGGGGUGGAAUAGGACCACUAGGAAGUUCUAAUGUUUACAAUAAGAAACUAAUAAAUGAUAGAUCUUAUCCUACUCAUUUCAUUACAGAUUUCAGAGAAUUUAAUUUGCGCAGGGAAUUAGAUGGAAGAGUAGAUAACAUGCUUCCCAAGGUAUAUGUUGACAAGGCUUUAGCUGCAGGGGAUGAAUUUGUGCGCCUAGUGAGUACUGCGAGGUCUUGUAGAAUUCCUGAAAUUCGUCCUGCACUAUUAAUUACCAGCUUACCUAACUGCGACAGUUUUAGGCUUUAUUUAAGCAUAAUGAAGCAUUAUAGAGCUCAAAAUGUGUCAAAAUUUAAAUUGAUGGUAGCAACUUAUCCGGAGACUGGACUCUGCAAAGGCUGGGCUGUAGUUUUACUACUGGAUAAAAAUGCAGCUGUGGAGUUUUUAAUUUCAUCUCAUUUUCAAUGGAGAGGGAUAUGUGUAAAGGCUAAACCUUUAUUGAAUCCAGAUUUAUUUUCUUUCAAUUGUAGGUUUAUGACAGGAUUAUCUGAGAAUUCUAAUGAGACUGUAUACCAAAUCCCUAAAUUAUAUGUGUCGAAUUUAGCAAGUAGUGAGAAGAAUUUGGAAGAGAACCUAAAUUUUGAUGAGAGUAAGAAUAAUAAAGAUAAAGAUACUGAUGAUGACAAUGAUAAUAAUAAUAAUAAUAAUAAUAAUAAUAAUAAUAAUAAUAAUAAUAGUGAUAAUAAUAAUGAUGAUGAUGAUGGUGAAGUUAGAGAGUACAUGAAUAUUUCAGAAAAAUUGUAUCAACUUAUUGAAAAAUUGGGACUUCGUAAUCCUUUAGAAGUAGCAUAUAAUGGGGAUUCUCAACGUCGGGAUGUAAUAUUUGUUGCAGGUCGUAAGCUUUAUGCAUCUUUUAGACCUCAAAAGAUACUUAAAGUAAUUUUUGAGCUAUCCAAAUUUGGCAGAACUAUUGGAGAACUUGAUCAAAAAGAAGAUGACGACAAUGAAAUUAUAGCUGAAGCAGAUAAAUUAGAGCUUCUUAAACCAAGAUCCUCAAAGGAUACAGAUCAUUACACAAUAAGCAAAUAUGCUCUAGUUAAUUUGUACAAAAGCAACAUAUGCAAAGACUCUGGAAAGGCACAUGAAUAUCUUACUCCAAAUUUAAACGAGAACUUUGAGUUAGAAAUAGACAAUACUGAAAUAGAUGUAUCUUUAGACCGUAACUUGCCAAGUUCCCAAGCUGAUGACGAACUGUCAGUCAAUAUAUUACCGAAGGAUAUGGGUGAUGUAUUUCCAUGGGGUAUUAGGUAUUUUCCUGUUGGGAAUUUGGGGUUCGCAGGCUUGGAUCUUAUUGAUAGUUUGAGCCGUCUUGUUCGUAGACUGCACUGUAAAAAUAGUGGUCAUAAAUGGUUUAAUGACGUAGAUUACGAGGGAUUUCCAGAUGAUCACUUACAUCUUCAGGGUUUUCAGAAUGUAACAACAGCUUCAAUGGAUAUUUCUCUAAUUACAACUUCAAAUACAGAUCAGAAUAGCUGUACAAAUGUAGCAAAUUCCGGAGUUCAUAUAGGUGGUCUAUCUGUUAUGAAUAACGUGAGUAUUUGUAAUCAAGUAGUAACUCUGGAUUCAAUGGUAUUUAUUAAUGGACUCCCCAAUUUAAGUGGCAUACAAAUAGAACUAGAUUUUAUGUAUAAACUACGUAAUCUGCUUAAUCUUAGUAAGGCUAAGUGCGACUUUUGGUCUGUGGAACUUUUUUGCUUCCCUGAAACUGAACGCUUAAGAGGUGAUGGUUUUAUUCUCCUUCCUUCCUCUUGUAACUCUAAAGCUCUUUUAGAUCAGUUCCCUAUUGAUGAAGAAAGUGGUAAUCCAAAUAUUAAGCUAAAUAGUGAGGUUUCAGCAUGGAUAUUACCUUAUAACAUGUAUCAAGAUGCUAUAUACGAAGAUCUUAAAGUUCUUGCGAAAUUACUGGGACGUUUGGUUAGCUUCUGGUCAUACCAUGUCAAUGGUAAGCGUCAUCCUCUCAAACUUUUAGAUUCUAUUAAGACAACAAAGUUUUCCACAGCAGAGGUCAACUCUACUAAAGAACAAGAGCUCAGUGAGGAUAAUCAAAAUGUAUUUCAUAAACCUUUAGAUCUAAACUUACAAGCCUUAGGAGUUGCAAUUGAAUCUAUAGCUCCACUUGCUACUUCGGGUGGAUAUUCUUCUAUUUCACCUAGUGAAGAGAAAUCUUUAGUAGGUAUUGCUGUAUCAGCUGAAGAAUGGUUACAUGGUCUUCCAAAGCUAGUUGCUGAGGGCAUAGAUGAGAGAGCACUAGAUUGCAGUGUUGUUCACUUUGUUAGAACAUAUUUUUUUUCAGCUGAGAAUCUUGUAUCAUUACACCCUUUCAAUUUAUGGCUGCAAGUUACAAAUGAAAUAUGUGAAACUAACAAUGAGGGACUUAUUAAAUUUGAGAAGGAUGACAAAUUAGCAGAAGACUCAGCAGCUAUAGAUGAGCUAUCUAGACUUCUACUUCAUCCCUUGCCAAGUCAUGAGAUCGUAGAUACUUUGAAUAACAAGAUUGUAUCGGCAAAUCACAUAUUAGCGUCUAUUCUGAGCCAGCAUGGCCAAAUUGGUCCCUUGGCCCUGCUAGAUAUGAUUGACUACUAUAUCCAAGGACAAUUUGGGUUAUACAAUAUGUACAAAGGUGAAGAUAAUGAAAAUGACAAAUCUUCAGAAGAAAUAUCUUUAAACCUGGAACACUCUGAGUGUACAGAAGAAAAUUUAGUAAUAAAUCAGAAUCGUGAAGUUUCAGUGGAUAUAGAAUUUAAAGCUGACAUUGCUUCUGAUUCAGAAAAUUUAUUAUCGCUAUCUUUAGAAGAAGGUGAAUAUAGAUACCGCGGAAUAUUUUAUAAAAUAAACUCUGAGUAUUUAAGAAAUAUGCCAAAUGCAACCCCAGAUAGUUUGAAAGAUGACAGUGAUAAAGCUGACAACUAUGAAGUGGAUUUAUCUUUGAACUCGGAGAUUUCGAGCAAACCAUCUUUAAGCUUCAGUUGUUCUCUGUGGCUUGAAAGAUGGGGUAAUAACUGUGUCUGGGGAUCUUGCAUUUGCUCAAAUGCACGCGAAUCUGUGAUGGAAGCUGGAAUAAAUUUCUUGCGUCACUUUGCUUUGUUGGAAUGUCGAAGAGUAUUCCAGACUAUUGGAGUUGGAAGUACUUGCCAUGAUCCACUAUUGGCACCUAAACGCACAAGGGCUACUGGAACUCCAGUAUCAACAGCAGGUGGAGGAACUAGUGGAAGUGGAGGAGCUCCAGGAACAAAUCUAUCUCACCAGAAUUCUCUAUCUUCAAGUGGUGGAUCUAAUACAAAUUCUAAUUUAUCUGCCUCUCUCCUAAGCUCGGCAAAUCGUGAGCACUUAAGUAUAGCUGAUAGAUUUGAAGGAUUAUGGAAUUUCAGAAAUAUCCAAGUUGAGAAGAGGAAAGUUAGAUGUAUCUCUAUUCCCGGAUCUCUACCUUUUGAAAAGGCUCAAAAAUUGUGGUCUGUGGAAUAUUUGCUAGCUUUAAUAAGUUGCGGUAGGAUGAGAUAUGUUCCUAUAUCAUUAGCAUUUAGAACUCCUUUAUACAGAAAAAAUGCCUAUCGAUAUGUUCAAGAAAGAUUUAGGAGAGACUCUAAAUACAGCUGGUCGCAUGUUGAUCAGUUGUGGUCUAACAAGCUAGAUGAUGUUGUGGCAAAUGCUAUUGGAUUUGCAAAUGGUGACUUGCUUCAUAUACUUGCUCCAGAUGAGGGGAAUAUACAAGAUAAUCUGCUUGAUCCAAAAUGCUGUUUUGAGAUGUUAAAGAGAUCUUGUAAAUUUACUACUCGAAGUAAACUAAUCUCUGUUUAA